GCAGCGCGAGAAGGGAAAAGUGACACGGCCGCUCUGGAACUUCUGCCCAGCGCGCUUAGGCUUUUUGGUGGAAGUUACUAAGCACAGCCACAGUCAAGGAGAAGGAAAUCAGGCUCUACCUUUUGAAGGGGGAGGAGUAUCAAACUGAGUGUCACUGACCAAGUGGAGUAAAAUGAAUGAAAGUAAACCUGGAGGCUCACAGAAUCCCACAAUCUGAUAUUCUUCUAAAGAAGAGAAUUCGAUCCUGAUGGCUGAUUUCUGAGAAAUGGAUAAGUCAUUUAACUUUUCUGGAUCUCCUUUUGCUUAUAUGUAAAAAUAAGAUUUUUCAUUUAUGAAAUUCUAAGAUUCUGAAAUUACUUGGUACGUAGAAAUACCUGUCAUCAUUACCUGCUUAUUUUUGUCUAACCCUUUAGGGCCUCAGUGGAAGAAAGGAGAAAAUGGUUAGGUCUCUAAGGGAGUUGUUCAUUUUACUACUUUGUUUUCAUUGUUGUUAGUGAUAAAUCUCAGAAAAGACUUGUUUGAAGGCUUAAGAAGUAAAAGAAAAGUAUUUUAUUUCACAGAGAACCUGGAAAGAAAAGUUCUGACUAAAGAUUCUUUUCCCAUAUAGGUCAUUAUAGAGUAUUGAGUAGAGUUCUCUGUGCUAUGUGUUGAUGUCAAGUGGAAUUUGGCAGAGGGGUAAAGAAGAAGAAGGAGUUUAUGGUUUUCUAAUAGAAGAUAUCAGGAAAGAAGUGACUAGGGCUUCGAAACUGAAAUGCUGUGUUUGCAAGAAAACUGGUGCUUCAAUUGGAUGUGUCGCAUCCCGAUGUAAACGAAGUUACCAUUUCCCAUGCGGACUUCAGAGAGAAUGUAUUUUCCAGUUCACUGGCAAUUUUGCGUCAUUUUGUUGGAACCAUCGACCUGUUCAGAUAAUUACAUCUAAUAAUUAUAGAGACUCCUUACCAUGCACCAUUUGCUUGGAAUUUAUUGAGCCUAUUCCAACUUACAGCAUAUUACGAAGUCCUUGUUGUAAGAAUGCUUGGUUCCAUAGAGACUGUUUACAGGUUCAAGCAAUAAAUGCAGGAAUGUUUUUCUUUAGGUGUACAAUAUGCAAUAAUAGUGAUAUAUUUCAGAAAGAGAUGUUGAGAAUGGGAAUUCAUAUUCCUGAAAAAGAUGCAUCUUGGGAAUUAGAGGAAAAUGCUUAUCAAGAGCUUCUGCAGCACUAUGAGCAUUGUGAUGUCCGAAGAUGUCGUAGCAAAGAAGGGCGAGACUAUAAUGUGCCUGACAGUUGGCAGAACUAUCUGGGGAAGAGAGGGAGACAGAGAGGACAUACCCCUACACACCCAUAUCCACACAGAGGGAGAUUCGCCCACACCUACCAGAGCAAAUGGGAAAUAAAGCGCUGUCAGUGUUGUGGUUCUCGCGGAACGCAUUUAGCCUGUUCCUCACUACAAUCAUGGGAACAAAAUUGGGAAUGUUUGGAAUGUAGAGGUAUUCUUUACAAUUCAGGCGAUUUCCAAAAAGCAAAAAAACACACAUUACCCAACACUAAUGUGGGAAUAACUGAUUGUUUGUUGGAGGAAUCCUCACCUAAAUUACCCAGACAGUCUCCUGGAGCCCAGCGUAAAGAUCUGCUGAGGCAAGGCAGCAAAUUUAGAAGAGAUAUUUCGACUCUAAUAAUAGAGCUAGGAUUCCAAAUUAAAAAAAAAACUAAAAGAUUAUUUAUCAACAAAGCCAAUAUCUGGAGUAGUGCCUUAGAUGGAUUCAGAAAUCAAAACUUUAAUCCUUCAUAUACAAUUGAAAUAGCAUAUGUUAAUGAAAAUGAUCAUUUUGGAAAAGAGCAGCCUGGAUCAAAGCAAGAAUUCCUAAGUCUCUUAAUGCAGCAACUUGAGAACUCACCAUUGUUUGAAGGGUCCUUGUCAAAGAACUUGUCUCUCAAUUCUCAAGCUCUGAAAGAGAAUCUUUACUAUGAAGCUGGCAAAAUGCUUGCCAUUUCUUUGGUUCAUGGUGGUCCUUCACCUGGUUUCUUUUCUAAAACCUUAUUUAACUGCCUUGUUUAUGGACCAGAAAGUACCCAACCAAUUUUAGAUGAUGUCUCAGACUUUGAUGUGGCACAGAUUAUAAUCAGGAUAAAUACUGCAGCAACUGUAGCUGACUUAAACUCUUUAAUAAAUGAAUAUUAUAACUACCUAGAGCUUAUUGGAUGCCUAAGACUUAUAACAUCAUUAAGUGAUAAAUAUAUGUUGGCAAAAGACAUACUUGUUUAUCAUGUAAUUAAGAGAGUCCAAGCACCUUUUGAAAGUUUUAAACAGGGUCUGAAAACUCUUGGUGUUUUGGAGAAAAUUCAGACUUAUCCAGAAGCAUUUUGUAACAUCUUCUGUCAUAAACCUGAGAAUCUUUCCACAAAAAUUCUUAGUGAUCUUUUUACAGUACACACAUUAUCUGACGUACAGGCUUUGGGGUUUUGGAACAGUUACUUACAGGCUGUUGAGGAUGGUAAAUCUACAGUAACAAUGGAAGACAUUCUUAUUUUUGCUACUGGUUGCAGUUCCAUUCCACCUGCUGGAUUUAAACCCACUCCAUCAAUUGAGUGCCUUCAUAUGGAUUUUCCUGUUGGAAACAAGUGUAAUAACUGCUUAGCUCUUCCUAUCACCAGUACAUAUAAAGAAUUUCAAGAAAAUAUGGACUUUGCUAUUAAAAAUACUCUAAGAUUAGAAAAGGAAGAAAAUUCUCACUUCAUUGGACAUUAACUGUUUUGAACAAA